AUGCAUCCUGCCUCGCCACAUCAGCACCGCGCGCGCCUGAACAUCGGUUCGCCGGGAUCGGCUGGUGUCCAAGCCUCAUCCUCCACGGAGACCUUUCCGCUAACGCCGCAGCACCACUCCUCCCAGCAUACGGUCCAUAUACCGCCCUCCACAUCCCUGCCGUAUCAGGGACUCAAAACCUCUGAGAACGAUGACAUGGGCUGCGUGGAGAUCCUGGCCACGGUGGUGUCCGUGCUGAUCAUGGUGCUGACCUUCCCCAUCUCGGUGUUCAUCUGCUUCAAGGUGGUCUCCGAGUACGAGCGGGCGGUGAUCUUCCGGAUGGGGCGGUUGCGCAGCGGCGGAGCCCGCGGUCCGGGCGUCUUCUUCGUGCUGCCCUGCGUGGACGACUACUAUCCGGUGGACCUGCGAACCGUCUCCUUUGAUGUGCCGCCGCAGGAGGUGCUGUCCAAGGACUCGGUGACGGUCACCGUGGACGCGGUGGUCUACUAUCGCAUCAGCGAUCCGCUGAAGGCGGUCAUCCAGGUGUACAACUACAGCCACUCGACCAGCCUGCUGGCGGCCACCACGCUGCGCAACGUCCUGGGCACCAGGAAUCUUUCCGAGCUCCUGACCGAGCGCGAAACCAUCUCGCACACCAUGCAAAUGUCCCUGGACGAGGCCACCGACCCCUGGGGUGUUAAGGUGGAGCGCGUGGAGAUCAAGGACGUCUCCUUGCCCACUGCCCUUCAGCGGGCGAUGGCCGCCGAGGCGGAGGCGGCGAGGGAGGCUCGGGCCAAGGUCAUUGCCGCCGAGGGAGAGAUGAAGUCCUCGAGAGCCCUGCGCGAAGCCUCCGAGAUCAUCUCGGCCAGUCCAUCUGCCCUGCAGUUGCGCUACCUGCAAACCCUGAGCAGCAUUUCCACCGAGAAGAACUCGACCAUCAUCUUUCCGCUGCCCAUGGAGUUGCUCACGCCCUUCCUCAACACCCAUGCCUACUCACAGCAGCAGCAACACCAACAGCAGCAACAGCAGCAGCAGCAACAUUUGCAGCAUCAGCAGCAACACCAGCAACAUUCGGCCGCCCCUGCCACGCCCCUUCACCGGCACCAGCACCAACACCAGCACCACCAGUGACGCUCGAUGUCGGUGCUGCAGCCGUACCUGGAGGCACUGCAUCGCUGCGAGCUGCGGCGGCAGCAGGAGCAGCGGCGAUCAGCGGAUGACGAUGACGACAUCGUGGGCUUCUUGCUGUAGCGGGUCGGCGGAUUGGUGGACCGGCGGAUUGGCGGAUUGGCGGCAGCAGCGGCAGACAGCGGAACUGGCCGGGAAAUUCCCGGAAAAUGAGUCAGCAUGGUGGUGGGAAUUUAUCAAGCUGGGGUGCUACACAAAUCUCUAGAGAUUUUCACAUCACACAGGGUUAAUUUGUAUUAUUAACUUAUAUUUUCUUGGAAUCUAACUUGGUAGAUUUUUUGUAUAUCACCUCUUUUAUGUUAAAGGGGCUUACAAAUUUCGAUUUUAUUGUUUAAUCUUUAAAAUUAUUUUAGGUAUAAACGAAAAAAGAAUUGUUUUUUUUUAUAAAUACAAAAAUACAGUUAAAGGCUUUAGACAGUUAAAAAAUCAUAUUGUAUCAACAUAUAUAUUUAAUUGGCAUUUAAAUUCACAAACACUUUAUGAACCCCUAUUUCGCAAACCUUAUUUUUCAUUUUAUUUCCUUAUGCCUAAACAAACAAGAAUUGUUAUUGUUCUUCAAUAUAUGCGGCAAUAUUACUUCAAAUACUUAAUUCACUUUAAUAAUCUCCAAGCGAAGACUAAGUCCAAACUAGUUUUAUUAAACACUUUAGGAUCUAAAGUCAACCCAGUAAUCGUUUUGAGUGCAAUUUAUAUAUGCUGAUAAUAUACAAUUGAUCUACCAGCUUAUUCCAAGAUUUAAUCGCCAAAGUAAGCCAUUAUAUAAUUUUUUGUUUUGUUGUCGUUUAUUGUUGUAAAACUAUGAUUCAUCUUAGAAUUAAGACGAGACGUUAAUUUUAACAUAACCAAUAUUAAACACAAUUUCUGUUGUACGUUUAGAUUAAACUUGUUUGGGGGAUGAAACCUUUAGACUAAAUUACAUUUCCUCGAAAACAACGAAAAA